AUGGCGUCUUCUGGUCUGCAAAUCCUGGGAAUUGUCCUGACAUUGCUGGGCUGGAUAAAGGCCCUGGUGUCCUGCGCCCUGCCCAUGUGGAAGGUGACCGCCUUCAUCGGCAACAGCAUCGUGGUGGCCCAGAUCGUGUGGGAGGGGCUGUGGAUGUCCUGCGUGGUGCAGAGCACCGGCCAGAUGCAGUGUAAGGUGUACGACUCGCUCCUGGCGCUGCCCCAGGACCUGCAGGCUGCCAGGGCCCUCUGCGUCAUCACGCUGCUCUUGUCCCUGUUCGGCCUGCUGAUCUACCUCGCCGGCGCCAAGUGUACCACCUGUGUGGAUGACAAGAACUCCAAGGCCCGUCUGGUGCUGACCUCUGGGAUCAUCUUUGUCCUCUCAGGCAUCCUGACCCUCAUCCCAGUCUGCUGGACAGCUCACGCCAUCAUCCAGGACUUCUAUAACCCCCUGGUGGCUGAAGCUCAAAAGCGCGAGCUGGGGGCCUCCCUCUACCUGGGCUGGGCUGCCUCUGGCCUUCUGCUGCUGGGUGGGGGGCUCCUGUGCUGCACGUGCCCCUCAGGAGGGUCCCCGGUUGCCAAUCAUUACAUGGCCCGCUACUCCACGUCGGCCCCCCAUUCCCCGCCUCGGGGGCCCUCUGAGUACCCCACCAAGAAUUACGUCUGA